AUGCUCUUUGGUUCCUUUCGGUCACUUAAGGGCAAGCCGGCGGUCGUCGUACCGUCUUUGACCUUUUUGUUUAUGACGGAGUUUGUGGGAUACUCGCAUAAUGCCGACAUCCCUCUCAAUGAUCCCGACACCAAGACGCCUUGGCUGAUUCUCAUCUACCGACGUCGCUGCCAAAGGAGGUUGUUGAUUCGUACCGUAUGGCGGCGCUCCGUUCGAGAUCAGGCAUGCCGUCGUCGUCGUCAUCAAUCUCCAUUUCUGUUCUUAUUCAACGCCUGGAGUUGGGGUGGUUCGACACAAACCCAUGUCAUAUCCAUCACAUCCCGUGCGCAACAUAUUGUGGUGGAGGAUGAGAAUGACUUUGGAUCUAUCUCUGGUCAAUUGGAGUCUCGUGGUGUGCUUGGCAAGCGUCCACUCCCUGGAGAGGUCGAUGCCAUGCAUAAUCCAUAUGAGCUGCAGGAGUUUGAUCAGGAACUUCGGUAUCUGGCCGAGGAUUACACUACCACGAAAAAGACAAAACGUGCUGAGCGAGAGCGAUCAAACUCGCUCGAUCUGAUGGAGAACCGUCAAGCCGACAACCUUUUCUCAACGGCCAUAGCGCAACAAGCGCACUCGGAUAUUUAUCUACCCUCGUCAGGGAUCCGUUCGCAGGACACCGGCAUAAACGUCAAGUCGGACCAGUACUUUGAUCUGAACGAGGAGAACCAGCCGCCGUCGUCCACAACAGGAUCGUGA